UGCGUCGAAGCGAGCGGGACGGGUUCCAGCUAGCCGUGUCGCCCCGCUGAAAUCAUUCCCGCCGUCGGUUUAGUAGAGAGCAGUAGCUGUCGUGUCACGGUCAGUGGGUUGGAAGUUUUCGUCAGUGCUACAGCCCGGAGCUGUAUGAACACAUCACAUACAAACCCUCUCUAGUAAAGACAGAACUGCAGCUCGCUUUAACGCAAUAUUGCCUCUGAUACUGACGAGUGAGUGGAAGAGAGAGGGGAGCUGAUCCUCUCUUACUCCACUGGGAGCAAGAGAUUCAGCGGUUAGUGGGCAAUAGAGUGCCAAAGGGAGGAGACGUGUGUAUUGGUUCUUCUCGGUCUACAACCGUCAAACUGGUCUUCGUUCGGGUGAAGUACAAAAUUAUUCUUCAUCUGAAACUGGUGAAGUGAAUGAAUAUUUGGUGUGACAUUUGUGUUCGGUCCUUAUUAUACGUGUCGAUGUGAACAUAGAUCUGUUAACAUGUAAUGGGAUGUGUUUAUAUCGAAGCAAAAUGUAAUACUUCAGCUCCCGAGGAAAAGAUUUUCUGUGUGUAAUUACAGUUGUGCUACUAAGUGCAAGGAUUCUGAAUUCUGUUUUGGAAUCUAGAUACUUGGAAGAGACGACAAUACAUCGAUGUUGAUACUGGUGUUAGAUAAUUCGGAAAAUAAUAUAUUUUAUUUUGUAAAUAUAUGCGAUGAACAAGUGACUGUGGAAAAACAAACGGUUUCGAUAUUGCAGGAACAAAUAAGUAUGGAAAAAUAACGAACUUACAUGUGAUUUGGAUGCCGAGGACUGUGUUUAAGAGAACUUAGGAUUCAGAAGUGCCUGCACGUCUGAAGUAAAGAUCCUGCAAAGAACCGGUGCCUUACCAAAGAAGCAGCACCUAGGAGGAAAUUAUCUGGCCAGGAAAGUUGGUGUGGUUUUUGAGAAGCCCCUUCUGUCCAAGGCCCCUCGUGGGGCGUUUUUUCCGGUGCUGAAUCCUGGAUCCUAAGAAGACGCUGUAUAUGCCAAGGACGCUCUUCAUUGACGGUUUGGAUGGGCCGGUGAGCAAUGUUGCUGCUACCUGUGUGAGCUCCUCUGGCGCUUGAGAAAGGUGGCGCCGUGGGGGUGAAGGAGGAGGGAGGGUCAUGCACAACACGGAUAAUGGAACAGACCAGGGCGCGGGGGACCAGCAGACUCCGAAUGGACGCGCAGCAGUAUCUGUGCAGGGUGCUGGAACCACCGCCGCGUCUUCAGCUGUGGCUGCAGCAGCGAACACCACAUCGGGUGUUGGUGGCCCAAGAGAGUGCGCUGGUUGCGGCAAACACAUUAGGGAACGCUAUCUGCUCAAGGCGCUGGAUGUGUUUUGGCAUGAAGACUGCCUUAAAUGUGGAUGUUGUGACUGUCGUCUUGGUGAAGUUGGCUCCACACUGUACACGAAGGCAAAUCUUAUUCUCUGCAAGCGAGACUACCUCAGGUUGUUUGGGACAACAGGAUAUUGUGCAGCUUGCAGCAAAGUGAUUCCAGCAUUUGAAAUGGUGAUGAGAGCCAAAAGUAAUGUCUACCAUCUCGAGUGUUUUGCAUGCCAACAGUGCAAUCACAGGUUCUGUGUUGGGGACCGGUUCUAUCUUUGUGACAACAAGAUCCUCUGUGAGUACGACUAUGAGGAGCGAUUAGUUUUUGCUAACAUGGCGUAUAAUCCGAGCAGCCUCGCACACAUACGAAGGCAAGUCAGUAAUUUGCAGCCAGCAGGAGACAAUUUAAGCAUCUACUAUGAGAAUCCACGCCUCCUUCAUCAACAAUAUCACCAUCAUCAUCACCACCACCACCACCACCAUCACCAUCAGGUGACACCAACUUCAUACUUUGGCAGUGACAAGACAUCAAUGCUUGUUGCACCAGUGAGCAGUGGUGGAAACAGUGGAGGUGCUGGUCACCAGCUGAGAGAUGAUGGCUCCAGUGGCUAUGGGAGUCCUGAUUCAGAAACAUUUGAUGCACAGUGUAACUAAACAUAUUUGGUCUCGUUACACUAUGUGAAUACGAUCAGAAUAUUAAGAAGAUUGAAGUAUGUUAAAGUAUUUGUGCUCGACACUUAUUCUGCAGUUAGUGGCUGCUUACAUCUGUUGGGAAAGUAACACAAUGUACCAAGGAAGUACCUGAGCAACGUGACUUUACAGUUUUCUUUAAUUUCACGGUGAAGGUGCGCUUUCACAUGAAAAUACAUUGUUUCACAGAAGAAAUGUAUAACCGGGGAAUUAUUUAGCUCAGAAAUAAUACAUAUGGAAUGAUAUGUAGUUAUGUGAAAGAGCACAUUUUUAUGAGUCAAUUCACAUCAUUGACUUUGUAUUAGUUCCAAAAUUACUGUAUAUGCAGGAAAGCAACACAUCCAUGCAAUACUCAGCACUCUGUAGUAACAGCACAGUAUCUAUUAUAUAUGUAUUUUGCAGUAUACUGUACUGGUGUUUCUUGAAGUAAAUUUCAUUUAGAUGGCAAUCUGUAUGGGCUUCUGACCUAUCAUUAUGUUAAUUUAGUAACAGUGAUUCAUGAUGAUCAGACUUCAUGCUAUGAUGUGCAAUUUUAUGAACUCUAAUUGAGGAAACAUGAUACACAAGGUACUGCACCUCCAUUCACAGAGGUAAAGAUAUAAGCUAUAUAUUUCUUUGAUAAUGUAUUAGUUUACAUGAGACAGGAUCAUUAAGUUUAUGUAUGUUUAAGGGCUUAAAAUUUCAAUUAAGUUUGAAAUAUCUGCUUGAAUGAAGAAAUGCAUUUAUAACAAAGUGGACUGUAGAAAAAUAUAUAAGGUUGAUAAUUUUCACUAAAUGAUUACCAUUCUGUAAGCAGCCACUUUCUGUAUAAAGGGUGAUUUCUGUAAAAACUGUAAUGUUGAUACCAUUAAAGAUGAAGAACUUCACAGUGAAUUCUGUUUCAAGACUGUUCUGUGAAAAAUGUUGUAUUUGACUUCUUAUGCCUUUAUGUAUAUUUAAAAAGAAAAAUGUUUAAUGAAAUUACAAGCAAAUUUAGUUUUAAGGAACAAGUAAUAGGAAACAAUGAAUAAAGAAGAAAGACAACAAGUAUUUUUUACAUAUAGCAUGUGAAUCUAUACUAGUCGGUUCGCCAAAUAUGAACUAACAAAAAUAUUUCCCAGUUUUAUCAAACUGAAGAGUAUCUGAUGUAUACGAAAUGAUAAAGAUUUAGAUCGUUAUAAGAAUUGUGGUAAUGAUAAAAUAAUGAUGAUAGAGACGAAGAUGAUGAAGACAAGGAAAGUGAAGAACACAUCAUCUUUUGUAUACCAUUCAGUGGCCUGUGAUGACUAAACUAGAUGGUUCUCAGGUGAAGUGAUUCCACUCUAUAACUGUUACAGAUGAGAACUGAUGCUGAUUUUGAUGUGCUGCAGCUUUCUUCUCUGACAAGCCAGGAAAUAAGAAGUUAACAUUAUCUGAGGUACUGUUUCUUAAUAUGAAUUAAAGAUUGACAAAAACUGUAAAUAAGAAAUUAUGACUAUUUUCCCAAACUGACUUGGUCUCCCAGAGUUGGCUUGUGAUAAUAUUUCCUAUUAUGUCUUAUAAUUUGCCCUAACUAUUUUGCUUUUUGACUGUAAUUGAAUAUGAGCAAUUCUCCUAUAACACUGUUGUGUUAUGGCACACGUAUUUACAUGAUAUCUGAUUGAGCCUGGUGCUCAACAAAUUUUAUUUUAAUGCUCAUAUAUAUUGUCAAUUUGAAAAGUUACAUAACAUUUUACAGUACUUGACUCUCCAUACAAUGUAUGAAUGACAGACUGUCAAUUAUCUGAUUUUCAGAUUAACCACACAACUUUUAGAACCGAUUAGGUUAUUGAUUACAAGCAUAGGUUCCUGUUGUGAUUCAACUGUUUCAGUAGUAUGUGGCUGUCAUGCUUUACAAUUAAUUGCAGUAGACUGUACAUCUUCUCACCUUAUUGGAAUUUCCCAUACAAUUAUUUUGUUACUUUUCAUGCUGACCUGCCACUGAACAAAGUUUGCUUUCUUCUACUGGAAAUAUAUUUUAUCUAAGCAUCCUGAUGCAUUAAUGUAUCCGUUGUACACAUAUAUUUCCAUCUGAAAUGCAACUUAUUAUCUAGUCACCUUUCUUCCUCACUACUUACUACAUCAACAUCCUCACAAACUGCACAAAUAACAUGCAUAAGUGCAACUACAGGUGUAACAACUAUGACAACUUAUAGAAGUGUCAGUAAAAAUAUAUAACACAACACAUCUACACAUUACUGGUAACACCCACACCUCAAAUUGAAUGCAGUGUGAUUAAAUCCAACGAGAAAUUCUUUCAAGCAAAUAUCUUUUAAAUGAAUAGAUCAUGAUCAGAAUGGAAAUAACAUUAAGAUAUUAAUUAAUUUUAAUUCCAAUUGGAGAUAUUGCAUUACACGUGAUGUAUAACUUUGAUACACAUUGUAACAAUUUUAGCAAGAUAGACAGCACCUGAUGUUGGCCAUAUAUGGCUGAAACAAGUAGUGAGAAAAAAGGGUGGCAAGACAAUAAGUUGCAUUUAAGACCAAAAUAUAUGUGUGCAACAGGAAAUAUAUUUGUCUCAUUGUUAUUGACAAGUAGCAUGAUCAAGGAAUUUUCAGGGUUAGUGGAUAGUGGAUAUUUCCAGAUUUCUAAAGUUUCUGUUGUUUUUCAUUAGCCAUACUAUUUCUCCUCUCUCAUCAUGGAUGAUCAUGAGUUAACUGCAAUCCUCAAAACCCUUAGGGUAAUACAAAUUCAUUAAUGUUUCACUUAUGAACAUCAUUUAAAAGUUCUGACUGUCAAAGGGAGUACGAGUAAACCUUCUUCCAAUGUGGAUCUGUGCAAUGCGGAUUUGAUCGUAUGCAUAGAAAUAAAUAAAAAUUCGAUUACACAUGUUCUGCCAAAAACAAUAUAGUAGCAUGUAAAUAAUACUGUUUAAAUUUCUGAAGACAGUUCAGCUUUUGCUUACGUAUUUAAUUAACCAACUUGAGUUAUUUUAUUCAGCAUACAUAACAGUGUAAAUAUUCAGCUCAAAUAUCUCCAUAUUAAGUUCAUACAAUGCAGACUCACAGAACAUGUUACUUUCAAGGUAUGUAAUCCUAUGUUGGAUGAUGGUUUACUGUAUUACACAGUUCGUUCAUAAAUAAAUAUCGCUACAGUGUAUGUAUGAUUUUAUUGUUUAUAUACUUAAACUUUCCAUGGCUGCAUUCCCAUAUUCCCAUUAAUCCCAGCAAUAUUAAGCUCCCAUUCUAAAGGAUGUUGGGUGAGGGUUUACCAUAAACUAUUCUUUCAUUAUUUAUUCUCUCACAUUGACAUCCAUCAGUACUGAUCACCGUUAUUUAUUUCAUCUCAAACAUGUUUUGCCUCUUAUGUCAUCUUCAUUGUCUGCUUGUAUAAAUCUUAUUCCCUUCAGCAUAAGAUACUAUUGUUUUUUCAGUAUUACAUGAUAUAUACGUAUAAACUCUUACACCAGAUCAUUUUUUACAGUAUUUCUCAUAAUGCACAGAUUAAAAACUGUUAAUAGCAUUAAGUAUUUCUUACAAAGUAGUUUUUACUUUAUUUUUCUGAUUAUGAUCUGAAUUUCUUGGCUGUUUUUAUCAAAGAGUUUUUUAGUACAGAGAAAUAUUAAUAUUAGUAAAGAUACAGAAAAUAUUAAAUAACUUGAUAAGUUACAAAAGUGAUAUUAAUACCAUUUAACAGGCAGAAAAUUAAUUAAAUAUCUCUCUUUAUUGCAAAGUUGCUAGGUCACAAGAUCUAUCACAUAUCCAUGGCACUAUCUAUCUUUUAAGGCCCUCUGGUUUUAAAAUCCAAAUAUUUGACAUUGCUGAUACAAAAAAAAAUUGCCACAAGGUCUUGCCCUAACUCCUUUUAACCACUCAGCAUCAGCUAUUUCCUUAAGUUCUUUUGCAAUAUUGCCCCUCCAUCUCCAUUGUUGUCUUCCAAUUGACCACUUUCCAAGAGGUUUCCCUUCAAUUUACUUUUUUCCCUAUUUCUCCUAACUGAGAUAUACUUUAAAGUCUUAUCCAGCAUUGAAGCACUCGCAUAAACUUUGACAAAUUAGCAUAAGACAGUCCUGAAUGUAGAGUGUUAUGAUGAGUUUGAAUAUGGUGAUGAAUGUGAUUGCUAUAAAUUCUUAUUUCCUGGCCUUCUUAUUUGGGUUACAAAUGCAGAUUACAACAUUAUUCCUGUUCAUAAGCAUGAAGUGGUGAGUUUUAGAUAGUGAAAGAACAAGGAUCAUAUAUUAAGUCAGUAACUGUGUUUCCUACAUAUUUGUUUUAUAACAUACGCUGCAUGUGUAAACAUUUUAAACUUUCCAUCAAUCAAGCCCUUGUGGCUAUUUAAUAAGAUCCAUAUUGACAAAUUUAUUAUUAUGAUAUAUUUGCUUCUUGUCUAUGUUCUACUCACCUGUUCAUAUUUUCUUUCAAGUUUCAUGUCACAUAUUUCUGUGUUACUGUGAAUACUGCAGUGUGGAAUGAAACUUCAGAGAUUACUUCCCCAUCACUAAAUAAUAUGAUGAAUCAGUGGACUUCCUGUUUCUCAUUUUGUUGUUUUCAUGUAUAGUCACAUAAAUUAUAAUAUUAGUAGCUGAUAGUAACAAUUUUGAACACAAUAUCCAACUCAGUUCUUUCAAAAGAAUAGACAACUUUAUCAUACCAUUCUUUGAUAAGUCAUAAAUUGUAAGGAGAAUACAAUUGAAUAUGUGGUAAAUGCUGUCCUGGAAAUUUAUGUGAAUACUGAGCAGAGGGUUGCAUACCACAAAGGUACUAAACAUUAUCAUCUGUGCAUUGUGCUGCCAUUAGGCCCCUAGUAGUGGGGAACUUAAGUAUUCUGCUCCUGGAUCAUAAAAGUAACCUCCAGUGAAAUGGUAUGACUCGCAACUGAUAUAUAAAUCAGACGUAAAAGGAUAUAUCAGUUAGAGUUUGAGUAUGUAGAUAUGGCAGAAUGUGAUAAAUGUUACUGAAAAGCUCAUAAAUUUUAGUAGAUAUAUUAGAUGACAAAAACAGUAAUUAAAGACAACUGUGUUGUUUUUAUAUUAAUCUGAAAAAAAUGUUACAUAAAAUAGAUACAUUUAAACAAGAAUUUUGGAUCUUGAUUGAAUUCAUGUGAAUGUUGUGUAUUGUGAAGAUUCUUGUAAAUGACCAUCUACACUUAUCACAACAAAUUCUGCUAAAUUUCAGCUUUUGAACCAUCUUCAGUACCACUCAAAUUGUAAUUCUGUUUAAUUCUUAAACCCUGGAAGAUUUUAAAGUUUAAAGUUCAUAUUGGUUCUGUAUUAUUAUAGAAUAAUAUGAGUGGAAGAGUGAUAUGAACUUGUUAUACUAUAUUUUAUCUUGCUUAUUAAUAUCCAAGAAAAUUUCCUUGCAUCUCUUUAUAGAGGAGCUCUCUUCAUGUUCUUUUUGCUCUGUGCUGGGACAAAAGCAUCUGGUCUAGUAUUGUGAUCAUCUUCGAAAAUUAUAAUUAUACUAUACAACAGGUUGCAGAAUGUUUCUAAAUACACAUUAAUUUCAGAUUUGAUAAUUUCCCUUUCUCAACUCAAUUUUAAUCCCUCUUCAGUCAGUUUUCAAAAUCUGUUUAAAUGUAUCAGGCUAUUUUCACUUUUUCAGAUUCUUAUCAUGACAAAUUAUAUCACAAGGCCCUAGUAAAGUGCAUGACAAAGAAAUUGUAACAUUUUUCGGUUCUUUCUAAAAACAUCUUUGCCAGUACUUUCAUGCUCAGUUAUAGCUGCAAUGUUGAAACAUACAAUACUGUCAGGUAUGUGAUUUUUGAUUAGUUUUCCAGUACAUAUUAAUUGCUUGUGGUAUGCAUACCAACUGAGAAAGCACUGACAUUGUAACUUAACUUAAAGAGCAUCCAUACUUGAUAUUAUGUGACAUACUCAAUGUGUUUUGGCUAAUAUUGUGCCACAUUGAGGCAUCUAUUACUAUAUCAUAUUACUAUUAUCAGUAAAAUGUAAAAUGUCAUCUACUCUCUUAAUCAGAUUUUACAAGUAACAUUAUACUGACAAUUUUAAUAUGUGACAGUAACAAUAAGCCACAACAGUUGGGUGAAAAUUGUGUUCUGCAAAAAUGUUCCUGAAUUUUAGGAACAGCAACUGAUGAAUGUGAGAGAUAAGAUUGUACUAAAAUUGUAACUUGUUCUUUUUUCUUUGGCUUAGUAUUUUACUUUUUAUUUUCUGUGAAAGAAGUCAUAUUUUUUUAUUUCAGGAAUGUAUCUAGGUUUACAAGUAGAAUGAAAUAAUUGAGACAUCAGAAGUAAUAGAACAUAGAUUUCCAUGAGAGAUUCAACACAUAGUUUGCUGGUCUUGACCUAAAUCCAUUUCUCUGUAGCAGUUCAUUUCUUCUACAGUGGCAUUUUUCAUGCACAUACUUUGACUGAUAAAUCCCAUGAACAUCGGAAGUUGGUUACAAAUCUUUACUCAUUUGUUGGUCACAUUUGGAUCCAGUGUGAAAGAAAUUAGAAACUAUUCUGUUAUUAAUGAUUUUAGGAUUUCACAAUGGUUCACUGUUCAUACUUCAUUUGGCUCUUGUGUUUUUACACUGUGUGUGUAGGCAGUGUUGUUGACCCUUAAGAGGUAUGUGCUACUUCCCCUCUUACACACUUCAAUUCUGAAGAUGGAGGCAGCAUGUAACCUCUGAAACACUGGCUACACGACCUACAUCCACACAAUGUAAAGACUCAAGAGGUGAAUAAUUCUAUUAUUUCAGCAUGCAUAAAUUGUUCAACAUAAGGUAUGCACUUCAGUAUUUUCCCAUAGUAAUGACAUCUUGAAAACAAGAGCUAAUGCCAAAGUGUAAAUUAACAAGAGAGAUCAUUAAUAUAACUGAACUGUAAAUAAAUGUUGUAUGGAAUGAAGAAAUGAAUGCAGGCCAGGAAGUUGUCACAAAUACUUUCUGGCCUCUGAUCAUUAGAUAAAACUUCAUCAAAUGUAAAUAUGAUAUUCUAUGAAAUAACUGUUUGGCUGCGACUCCCGUUUAGUGUGACACUGACAUAUCUUGAGUCAAACUGUAGACUGCGUACUUCAUUUGCUCUGUUGUUCCACGUACAAUGAGUCUGUUGGUCUCUUUAUUUUUGUUUAAUGAUGCAAUCAGUUAUUAUGUGUAAAAUAUUGUAGGGAUAAAUGUGAUUAAUUUUUCACUAAACAAAGUUAUCUGCAUAGAAUUCUUUUGGAAACAUAUGUACAUAGAACUUAUGUUAAUGAAAACAAAAAUAAAUGUUGUCUUUUUGUUA